UCACGACUUGUCAGUUCACCAGCGAAAACGUUUGGGUGAAAUAAACAGAUUUUGUCCACACUGUAUUUGUUUUUCACUCGUAAGUACUUGUGUCGGGACAGAGCGCGGGUGCGAAGACCCGAGACAAAGUUACGCUUGCUGUAGCCUUGUUGGACUUGAUAGAGUGUGCCCUUUGGAAGCCCUCUCAUUCGCAACGUUUAUUUUUGCUGAACUUGGGUGAUGUAAAUGUUGCUCUGAACGAAAUACUGAAUACGUCUGACAUGGCGGAGGACAAAGAAGUAUUGAAGGAGGUAUGGGAAGGGCGCAUACCUGUGCGCUUUGAGCUCGCAGCUGCGGACGUAUCAACCAUGGAGCCCCCAGACCAUUACUUUCUGCUGGUUCCUCGUGUUACCUAUAUCUCACUGAUCAUGGACAAGGUAAAACGGCAUUUUCAGAAACACGUGCAGGCCACAGAAGGCAACCAGGAGAUGUGGUUUGAGUUUGACGGGCAGCCGCUAAAGUGGCACAUUCCUGUUGGUCUGUUGUUUGACCUGCUGGCUCACCGCUCCAUGCUACCGUGGAAUAUCAUUGUACACUUCUCUCGCUUCCCCGAAGAAGAGCUACUACGGUGUCCCAGUGAGGAAGCCGUGGAGGCACAUUUCAUGGCCACAAUAAAAGAGGCUGAUUGUUUGAAGCACCGCUCAGCAGUGAUCAAUAACAUGACGAAAAGAGAUCACACACAGCUAUGGACUGGGCUGAAGGCGGAUCGGUUUGAUCUCUUCUGGAGUUCUAACAAACGUCUAAUGCAGACGAAGGUGCAAGGCCAAGCAAACUGUCCGGACUAUUUCCGGGCGGUUCCCGUUCGAAUCUACCAGGCUGACAAGCAGUAUGUACAGCCCUUCUUCAGACCUGUCGACAGCGAAGAUAAACAUUUGACUUUGCGAGACAUGUUGCACGAGGCAGCACCAGAUUCCCUGCCGGAAAGUGGAAUAGGCCUGAAAGCGGUAAUCAACGGCAUUGAAGCUCCCAUGGAAACCAAACUACAGUGGCUCAGUGAGCACCUCAGUCACCCGGACAACUUUCUUCACAUUGCCAUUAUCAACAGUGAUGAAGGAGGAAGCUUAUAGCAGCUUCAAAGCGAGAAGCACCGACACAUUUGAAAGUGGAAAGGUGAAACUGAAAACAUAUUCUAAAAAAUUGUUGAAAAGCCACAAAGAGACGGCAUAAUAAUAAGAGUCAACUACCUAGCUCUGACUAGCAGAGCAAAGCAUAAAAAAAUCAUUUCAUGAAAUUGCAGCCAUGAAACGCAAGAAUGAGCAUGUGCAUGUUUAUAUAUUUUUUUAUUCGAUCUUGAGUGUGCAGUUGUCUCAUGCAUUCAUUGUGCUGCUGAAAAUGCUUUCAAAUAACACCUGUUUGUACAUACGUUUGUACAUACGUUUGUACAUACGUUCACCUCUACACAUCUGAAUCACGCUGCCGCUGUUCUUGCUGCCACAUUAUUCUAUUUAGUCGCUGUUACAGCAGCCUAUUGUUACAACUAUUUUACAAAAGAUCUAGGAAUGUCAUCACCGAAGCAAG